UCCAGAAAAUUUCUUUCUCCUGUUGCUUUCGCAGUUCGUAAAAUGAUCAUCAUUCUUCGGUCACAACUGUAACAAAAAAAUUAAUUUGGUGUAAAAUUUAGUGAAUACUCUAAAAGGGGGAUUGGAAAUCAAACGCGGGAUCAGUCCUGUAAAAUAGCCGUUGUUGUGAUGGUAUGCGGUUCAUUUAUUUUAUAAUAGUAGCAGCAAUAAGUAUGUAUUUGUAAUACCAUUGUUGGUUAGAAAGAUUUCGUUGACCUAAUAAGAAACCAGAAAUGGAAGCUCCUCGUUCGUCAGAUAUAGUUAUAAUAAGCGGAAAUUCGCAUACUGAAUUAGCUUCAUUGAUUGCGAAAAGAUUGGAUGUGAAAGUAGCCGAUUGUUCCGUUUAUCAUAAAACAAAUAGAGAAACAAUGGUUGAAAUUGGGGAUUCGAUUCGUGGCAAGGAUAUCUAUAUUAUUCAAACAGGCACAAAAGAUGUUAAUAACAAUAUAAUGGAGCUACUGAUCAUGGCAUAUGCGGUCAAAACUUCUUCUGCAAAGUCCAUUGUAGGUGUAAUACCCUAUCUUCCAUAUAGUAAGCAAUGCAAAAUGCGUAAACGUGGUUGCAUCGUUUCAAAGCUUUUAGCAAAGAUGAUGUGUAAAUCAGGCUUAACACAUGUUAUUACAAUGGAUUUACAUCAAAAAGAAAUACAGGGAUUUUUUGAUUGCCCUGUAGAUAAUUUAAGAGCCAGUCCUUUUUUACUUCAAUACAUCCAAGAAAGUAUUCCUGAUUAUCGUAAUUCAGUUAUUGUUGCUCGUAAUCCGGGUUCUGCAAAGAAAGCGACGUCGUAUGCGGAACGAUUAAGACUUGGAAUAGCAGUUAUUCAUGGAGAACAGAAAGAAGCUGAAAGUGACGAAGUUGAUGGAAGAUAUUCACCUCCUGCUGUACCCAGAUCUCGCACGAUGGACGCAGGUGUCGGUGUGCCUGUCCAUCCUGCAAAAGAAAAGCCUCCAAUUAAUGUUGUUGGCGAUGUAGGAGGAAGAAUUGCCAUAAUGGUGGACGAUUUAAUAGACGAUGUCCAUUCGUUCGUAGCCGCUGCUGAAGUGCUGAAAGAGCGUGGUGCAUAUAAGAUUUACGUUCUGGCAACUCAUGGACUUUUAUCAUCUGAUGCACCAAGACUGAUCGAAGAUUCUCCAAUCGAUGAAGUUGUCGUCACUAAUACCAUUCCUCACGAGUUACAAAAGAUGCAGUGCCACAAAAUAAAAACUGUCGACAUUUCCAUUUUACUAUCCGAGGCUAUUCGUCGAAUUCACAAUAAAGAAUCGAUGUCAUAUCUCUUUAAAAAUGUCACUCUUGAAGAUUAA